UUUAACAGGGGCGUGGUAUUCAAAAUCAGGGACAGGGCUAUAUUUUCCCUUUCUAAAGGGGUUCAGGGUAACAGGGUAUACGAUAAACUCGUAUUGCGUAUGGUAUACACGAGUAUGCAUGCAAAAUUUUUAGUCUCCUAUAUGCUCACACAUUGGUGUUCUUAGGACAGAUUGAUGGACAUGGAAUGAUCAACUCGGCUUGCCGCCCUGAUCAAGAAUAUAUAUGGGGCCUGCCACAUCUCCUACUGCCUGUUAUCAUUGCAAUCAGUCUUUGGCGGACGAAGACCCCCUUUUAAUUGGUUCGAGGAAUACCAAAAAAUUACUCUUCAAUUCUAUGGUCAUUCCAUACUGAUCAUAGUACAUAUUUACAAAUUGAAAAUCUGGACUAAUAUUUAAUGUUUUGCAUCCGUUUCUUAUUUACGAUAAACGCAAGUAUUGCGAAAUUAUAAAACUUAUUAAAAAUAUCUGAUUCGAAAUUGAUGUUCUAUAUAUGUAUAUAGAAAAUGAUUUGGCUUAACAGAGAGUAUCAGCACGUUGCGAUGCCAUUCGGAAUUCAGCAUUGACCAUGGCUUGUUAUAAAUCGAUCUGUCUGCUGUUGAUAUUGACGUGUCAGAAUGCAAAUGGUGCCACUCAUUUGAAAUUCACAAAAAUUGACACUAAAAUCGUGGCGUCAGAUAUAGUCAAUCAAGCACAGAUCCGCUUUUAUGAACACAAUAAUCGAAGCUACUUGAACGCGUUCGGGAGUCUCAAACGCUUUGUACACAGUUUUGAAAUAAAAUCUUCGGUGAACUUAAGAGAAAAAAACAAUAGAACCAUGCAACUAAUAAAAGUCACAUUGGAUGGGUGUAAAUUUUUAGGAGGAGGAUACAAGAGUAAGGUCAUUAACUUAUUCCUGAAAAUUGUACAAGAGCACGCUGCCACCAAAUUAAUAUGUCCACUGCAAGCUAACUUUAACUACACCUUGUCUGAAUGGAAUUUGGAUGAAAACCUAAUACCUGCUUUCAUACCCGACUGUGACAUUACAGCUCCUAUUGAGGUCUUUAUAAAACGCCGAAAAUUUCUUUCUCUCCUCUUUUUUGCGAAAAUAUAUCGUGUAGAUUAAAGACAAUCACAUAAACGAACUAUAAACCAAUAAAAUGAUAAGCAACUGA